UCUACCAUGUUCGAAAUAUUGGUUGGGGACAGUGAAGGGAUGUAAGCAUUCAAUUAAGCAAUAAACCAGUGAUCUUUAGGGAGGACCAUAGCUUCCUGUAAAACUCAUGGCUGAGCUUGUACCCAACACAAGGUUAACGAAGUGCAUCAGAGCUUUGUAGUAAUUCCACUCUGUCCCUCGAAGAGCCAGGGGAUUUGUGUUUCCGUGUCUGUCUUGCAUUGGAGCAUAGUGGAAGCAACAGAAAAUUUGGGGGUAAAGGCACCUGGCUUUGGUCUUAGCCCAGGACCAGGUCCAGGACCGCGGCCAGGUUUGUACCUGGAUGGACUUCAGUAGGAACCACACUGGGGGUUAACAGAUAACACAAAAGCAGAUGUUUGUUCUGUGCAGGAAACACUCGAGGGGAGAAGAAAAGGCGCACACACACAAUACCUUUAAGUGUAAACAAGCUUUAUCCCACGUAAAUGGCAAUGCAGAUAAAAUAAGCAAAUUAAUAUACUAAGCAGAUUGAUAUAAUAAGCAAAUUGCAAUGGGAAGGGGAGAAGGAAAAAGACAUAUACAUAUUUACACUCACCAGACUAGGGAGGACUUACCACCAGGCUGGGAAGCAACAGCCUGGGCUCCAGUCGGACAUUACACACACGAGACUAUGCAGGAUUCACCUCCAGACUGGGAAGCAACGUUCCUGCAGACAAGGAGAGGUCUCAUAAAGCUCUGGCGUGGUCUGAGACCCUAGCUCUUUUGGUAACAAGUUGUUUGGCAUGAGGCCCAGUCACGAGGGUCCUUCACCACUUAUCUCAGGGAACAUUAAAAGAUCUUGUUUCUGCGAUUGUUUUUCAAUAACUAACCUAGAGGAAUAGAUUGAAAUAGAGAUUUCUCCGAAACUUCGCUGGAUGAACACCUCAAGGGGCUCACAAAACCUGUACGGGACUUGGUGACCGUUUUGUCCAUGUUCAAUUGAGUUAAAAUUUAAUAUUUAUCUUUUCCUCCACAGUGUUCAAGUCAACUUUUAUGGGCAUCUUAUUUUACACAAAAAUUAACACAGACAACAGACACGACUCUGGUCCACGAAACAUGCUAUCGCCGCCCAGCCGUAACGCAAAAGCACUCAGCGCCAAAAAUGGGCCGACCGUCUCCUGGGCGGCCACCGCCCCUGCUAACCCCGCCCCCGUCACGGGUUUCUUUCCGUGCGUCCUUGCUAUUGGCUCCUUUCCGGGCGCCUUCGGUUGCCGUGAGACCGAGGCGAUGGCAACCAGGAGAAGCCAAACUUGGUCACCUGGUUCGCGGCGUGCCAGGGCGCGGAGCUCAUGGCGCUGUACGAGCUCUUCUCUCACCCGGUAGAGCGCAGCUACCGCGCUGGACUCUGCUCCAAAGCCGCGCUGUUCCUGCUGCUGGCCGCGGUGCUCACGUACAUCCCGCCGCUGCUGGUGGCCUUCCGGAGCCACGGGUUUUGGCUGAAGCGGAGCAGCUAUGAGGAGCAGCCGACCGUGCGCUUCCAGCACCAGGUGCUGCUCGUGGCGCUGCUGGGACCUGAGAGCGGCGGGUUCCUCGCCUGGAGCACGUUCCCCGCCUUCAACCGGCUGCAGGGGGAUCGCCUGCGCGUCCCGUUUGUUUCGACUAGAGAAGAAGACAGGAACCAGGAUGGGAAGAUGGACAUGUUACAUUUUAAGCUGGAGCUUCCCCUGCAGUCCACGGAGCACAUUCUCGGUGUGCAGCUCAUCCUGACUUUCUCCUAUCAGUUACACAGGAUGUCGACCUUCGUGAUGCAGAGCAUGGCAUUUCUUCAGUCCUCCUUUGCUAUCCCUGGAUCCCAGUUAUAUGUGAAUGGAGACCUGAGGCUGCAGCAGAAACAGCCGCUGAGCUGUGGCGGCCUAGAUGCCCGAUACAAUGUAUCCGUGAUCAACGGGACCAGCCCCUUUGCCUAUGAUUAUGACCUGACACGUGUUGUUGCUGCCUACCAGGAAAGGAACGUUACCACCAUCCUGAGUGAUCCCAACCCCAUCUGGCUGGUGGGCAGGGCUGCAGAUGCUCCAUUUGUGAUUAAUGCUGUCAUCCGAUACCCUGUGGAAGUCAUUUCUUAUCAGCCAGGAUUCUGGGAGAUGGUAAAGUUCGCCUGGGUGCAGUAUGUCAGCAUCCUGCUUAUCUUCCUCUGGGUGUUUGAAAGAAUCAAGAUCUUCGUGUUUCAGAAUCAGGUGGUGACCACCGUCCCUGUGACAGCGACGCCCCGGGGAGAAGUGUGGAAGGAGCACUUAUCCUAGGAAGGCUGUUUCUGAGGGCUCAGCAGGACCGUUGGUGCUUCAUUGUCAUCUCCUGGGAACAUCUUAGGAUAUUUCUGAAAGAGCCCAGGGGACACAUGCGGGCUUGUGUGCUCUUCCCCUCGGAGACAAAGAACAGUUCUUCCGUUUGCUCUCUACAAGUUCCAUAUCUUCAGAGCUCCUGCAGAAUCACCAGGGAGUAGUUUGUGGAAAGGUCUGAGGGUUCCUGGAGGCUGUAAUUAGCUUUUUGGGUUUUUCUUCUUUGCCUUAGCGUUGAAUUUCAGGAGAAAAUUGCAGUCAGUUCAGACAUCUUGGAAAGAGUCCCAUCUCUGGUCAAGCAGAGACUUUUCCUCUGUUGAGUGAGAAACACACUGUGCAUUUCUUCCUUCUACUGUGAGCCACUCUUACUCUUUUCAGGGCUCCCUUGUGACAAACAUGCCAAUCACUAGCACUUUGCACCCCUGGGCCUCUCCAUUUCCCAUUCAGAGCUUUGAUUUCCAGAGCUGAGGCCUUUCACUGCAGACCUAGAGGGGCAGGGCCCAAGGGGGAGGCCCACCUUGGCACAGGCAUGAGGGAGGGCCGCUGAAGGACACUCGGACCGUCCACCUGCCUCGGCCCGAAAGUCAGUCAUCUGUCAUCAGCUCAGCGGAGCAGCCCUGGAUGCCUGCCUGCCUGUGGCUGGCUCUUUGCCCUGUUUUGCCCUCUGUCUGCGCCCCUGGAUGGCAGGCUGAAGUCAGAGGGGCUGUUCAUUCCCAGCCCCCUCAGCAGCACUGGGGGAAGAAAAGAUUGUCACAACAGGUUCUUUCUGGCCCUCACUCAACAGCCUGGGCACUUGGCCCUCCUCCUCCUUGACAGCCCUCCCGCUUCUGGAAAGGACAGGGGUGACAAGAGUUGGUGUUGGGAUUGGCUCCCACUGCCUGACAACCACAAGUUUAUUUGGAAGGCUAGCGGGAAGCCCAGCGGCUUGUGUUUCCCUUGACUAAGGAACAGGGUGCUCAUUAGAGUGGGGCGGGCAGCUUUGGGAAGGACACAAGAAGCAGUGAGGGAGUAAGGAGGAUGCUGGCCCGGGCAGGCCAGUCCAGCCUGGCCACUAGCAGAAUGCCAAGCAGUCCAGCUGGAUUACCAGGGUGGCUGAGCAAGUGUCUGCGGGAGCAGAGAUGGCUGGAAGGGGCCUCUGCACAUGGAAGACGGCUUGUUCAGCCUGUUCACCUCCUGAGGACGCGAGCCGUCUCCUCUAAGGACAGAUGGAGCUGCUUCCUGAUCCCAAGCAGGUCGUUGCCACUGGAAGACAUGGCCUCUGUGAUUUAUGCAUCAUGCCCACAAACACACCUCUUAGUAUGUGCCUCCGUUUACCUUGGAGAUCAGCUCUCAUCUCCAGCACUGUUUCCUUUAGGCUGACUAAAAACAGUUUUGGAAACAAAGCUAUUGUCAAGUAUACAAGCAGAGGAAUUCCCUAACACUGUCCCCCUAGUCUUUUUUUUUUUUUUUCUUUUUAAAUAUUCAGGCUGUUUUAUAUGCCUAAAUUUUUUUCUUGAGAUCUAAAUGAAAAAUAGUUUCUUGUUUAAAUUCUCAUAAGGUAAUGAGAUAUGGAAAGAUGACAAUAUAUGUGUAAACAUUGGUUUGCAUUUUAUUAAAUCAUUCUCAUGAAAAUUUUGUGUAAAGAACACAUGAUGUUUUGUAAUUUUCUAAUUAAAAUGUUCAAAAUGAG